GUGUGCACAUGGUCGUAAUCGCGGGACGUCGUCUCCGGAUGUACUCUUGAGUUCGUACCUUGUAUGACUAGCAAGCUGGUUGCCGCAUGCGUUUACCAUAGCUUACUUUGAGCUUACUAACGCCAAUACCUCUUUGGCUCCAUAGAUCAGAGCGAUCCUCUGCUUUCUCUUCUCCGAGUCUUCAACAUUUCCGUCGGCAAUUUCCUAGAAGCUGCCCACCAUUGCAAGCUCAGCAGAAGCCGGUUCCUGUUACAAUCGCGUUGUCGGGUGGCUCAGCGUCGCAUGUACCGGAUUGUCGGAGUUAGUAGAUCGAGCAGGCAAAACGACGGGAUGCUGCUCCGAGCGACGAAGACGGUAGUGUGCUGCACGCUGGGCCCGAUCGUAUGGGGGCUGCUGUCGCUGCUGUUCCUGCUCCUCGUGGCUCUGGGAGUCACGGCACUCGUGCUCUACUUCGUCUACAAACCCCAGCUACCAGAAUGCGACGUACAGAGCGUAACGGUAACCAGACUGAACGUCACUCGCCUGACCUCGUAUCCGUUCAACGAAACGACCUACGCAGCUCUCGCCGCCAUGGACACGGCCAGCAGAGCAGCCGCUUUGGGAGUGAAUAACGGCAGCACAGCCCUUACUGACCCAGCGUCUUCGCUAGAUGCUCUAGGCAAUGCCACCGUGCCGCCGAGGCUGGGGCUGAAUGCUGACGUGGGAUUCACCCUGGAAUCGCGGAAUCCCAACAAGGUCGCCAUCGACUAUAAAUACGUGAACGCCUCUAUCAUCUACCGCGGGGUCACUGUGGGAAACACGUCGAUACCGCCCUUCACGCAGCAGGCUCAGACCAACACGAGCGUGCCAGCACAGCUCAUCGUCAUCGACUUCCCGCUCGAUAUAGUCACGGGGCCCGUCAUGCUGGCUGACCUGAACGCCGGCAGCGUUCCUCUACAGUUGCUGCUUCAACUAGGAGCGAGGAUCAACAUUCUGGGGGUAGCAUCCCCCUUUGCCCUGGUCGGUCUGUUGUGCGAUGUGACUGUGGACCCAAUAACCCGCACGGUCAAAGAAACGCAUUGCUCGCUGCAGAAUGUAGGGUUUGCAUGAUCAGGCGCGAAAGAGCAGCUUGACAAUAAAUCACUGUAGAAGCCCCUGCCACCUCUGCAUGUCGUCUCCAGGCCUUGUCUGUUGUAUUGUUCUGGUUAUACAACCAGGUGUUUUAGUCACUUCCCAUCGAUUAGUACGUCUCGAGUGCAAGAAAGUUACAGCACAUUGGUAGGUAGCACAGGGAAUGUUUUCAUGCAGCCAUGUC